AUGGCGGCUGCGGGAACCGCAGUUUGCUGGCAAACCAAAGCCAUUUACUUUGAGCUGGAGACUCAUAUGAGCAAGUCACGAUCGGUGUGGAUUCUUUAGGCAAUUACAGAGUUCGGCAAUGCAAAAGUGGGUAAGAUUUCUUUUCAGCCCCAUAUAUUUAUUCAAUUCACGGAAGUAAGUAAGUAGUACAUGUAAGCUUAACAAGCGCCAUAUUUAUAAGGUAUCAUCCACCCUCAAGCACCCUCAUCGCAAUGAUCGGCGUUAGCGCUUUUGCUUUUGAUGAAUACCCCCAUUAAUCGUACAUUUUAUGAAGGCUUAAUAGCUCCGGAUUAUUUGCUUAUUCCUUUUAAAAAAUCAAAAUAUUAACGCGAUUCAGAAAUGAUCGUGAGAAACUUUUUGUGAAAGUGUGCUACCGUAAAUUUAAGUCCAGGCCAGCCAACAAUAAACGGAAGAAGCCAAUUAAGAUCGCAUUCGCUUCUUAACACGUUUGACUGAAAAAUUCGGUCUCAGAUUUUUGUCAAGUGCGUUUGUUCUUUUGUUAAGCUAGGGAUUGCAAAUUAUUAGCACUAUAUCUGUGAAGAAAUACUCUAACUCGAAAACGAAAGAAGAAAUCAAAAUUGGCAGGCACAAAGUUUUUUAGAAAAAACUAUCUGACAGUAAGUUGGCCAAAUUUCAGCUAAAUUGGUUCACAGGUUGCCGACUUGGAGUUUAAAACGUACUCUCAACUUGCCCUGAUUUUCAUUUCGAGAAAACAGAGAGAAAAGAUUCUUGGCACCAUAUAUAACACCAAAGCUGUCAAUGUUGAUGCAUACCAGAGAAGGGACAACAAUAGUGACACAGCAGGAAAAGGUUACAAACGAAACCCGACAACAGAUGAACAAUUUAUUUCAAAGGCUCUGCUCUGUUCGAUUCUUUCUGUUGUUAAAAAAGCAUCAUUAAUAAUUAAAUAAUAAUUUAAUACUUGCAACAGGCAGUUUUGAUUUUUCACCGGACAAGCCAAGUUGAACCCAGCCCACUUUUACUCGAUACAUUUUUUAAAAGUUUGACACUUCCCUGGCAAAAUCGACAACAUACCGCUUCCUUGAGUUUUCUUGAAGCUUCUCUCCCACUACAUGUCCUUCGUCCAAUUUUUAUAUGAAGUGGGACCUCUCACGACUUCAUUGCUCAUUUGGCCACUUUGCAGCCUAAAAAGCUCACUCCGCUCACUAAGAACUCGUGAGGUCAACUUGUAGCUAGUCUACCACUACAAUAGCACGACCAUUUAACCUUUGCCACAUUUCUUCAGUCGAUGGUGAGGUAGUCUGAAUAGCAGGCGCUGGUUUGUUUUUUUUAGGGCGAAGAAAGAAAGCAACCAAUUCCGUGUAGUUUCAAGGGGUUUUUCAGAAGCUUUGUCAUCUUUUAGCCAUUUUUCUUGAUUGUAAUAGGAGCCCGCGUCGCUCUCUGCCAAUUUCGAAGCCCACUCUUUGCAAAACGAUUUUGUUGUCUUCUUUCAUCUCGGAGUCGAGUCCGAAAUGCUGCACCCAGCAACAUAUGUUGUAAACUUACCUAUGCAUUUUGAAGAAUAUUUUUUAUUUGCACAAUGAGCCUGACGUUUUGAAGAUCUCGUCAAUUCACUGGUCAAAAACCAAACUAUUUUGCAUUUUUACAAUAUUGCUUUGAUCUCCAAGAAAGUUUCACCUUUUCACUGGUAGGCAGGAUCUAGCAUGUACGCGUAUUCUCAUUGAUCGUAUCGCAUGCAGUGACAGUGGCUAAAGGUUGCUCUGCAUGCACAAGAUCUCAUCGAGUUCUGCUAUACUCUCAGUCUGCAGACUGGUUCAGAACCACUAAUUAAUUAAUUGUGACAUCCUUUAAAGCAAGCAAUUAUUAGUAUCAAUAUAAGAAGGAGGUAGAAAACAGGAGGCAAAAUAAUAAUUUUAAACUGACCUACAAACAUCAACAGCAGCCUUUGAUUAAACUUCGACUUCUACAAUGCAUCAAAUAAAGAGAACUUAACUAAUUUGCUACAACCUUAGUCAAAAAAACUUGAAAUAUUUCUGUUUUUUAGGCAUGCACAGUGCAGUCCCCUCGCCGCUUUCAGUUUUGUUACAGAGCGUAGUUUGGGAAAGCUUGAGAAGGGGGAGGCAGGGGAAAUUGACUGAGUGUCUCUACUUUUUUAUACCUCAGUGUUUCUGAGUCAAAUGUGUGAGAUCUUCAUCUUGUCAUGACUUGGAGUUCUGAAAAUAAAAACGUAUUGGUGACUUCAAAAAGAUUUCUGACAAUUUUCUGAAGAGUUCUGAACAUUGCUGAAAUUGUCUGAAGAUGUUCCAGCGAACUUUGAGAGCUUCCAAAGCUAUUUAAAAGUGACAAUUUUAGCUUGUUUUGUUUAUGGCACUUCAAAGUUGUUAUUCAGUGCCAUCAUUCACUGCAGGUAUACUAUUUUUCCGGGUUGUGGAUUAGCAUUCACACCCAGAAGUACAGGUCCCUGCAACUCCUCAUAGUGACAGAGCAAUAAAUAACAGGAAAAAAACUUGACAAAAUAGUCCAGUUGGUCUAGCAGAAAGUGUGGAGAAGCACUGCAGUAUCAUGUAUAGAACCAAAAAGAAUAGCUAACAUAUCAGAUUACAUUUACAAGAGCAUUGGAUAAUGUAGGGCACCAUUUCUUGUUUCUUACCAAUUGUCAUUGUCACUUUAGUUCAUAAAAAUGUUCAUUUCUUUAUCCCUUACAGAUAAUGCUUAGUGAUCAGAAGAAUGCCUAAAAGAAUUUAUCCAACAAGAAUAAAAAUUAAAGGUAAACGACCUAUAAAUUAUAGUUUAGUGGUGACCUUGAUAUAACAAAGGUUAAAAUGUAUCUAAAUUUGGUCUGUAAAUGUAGACCACAGACCAGGUACAAAAAUUAGAAUGCAGACUGAGGUCAAAACAGCUGAAAAAACAAAAAUCCUUCUACAUGUACCCUGUUUAUCUGAGUGCAUGGUCAGUACAGAGAAAAAUUGUAGACAAACUGUUUGUCACAUGACCUGGUUGACCGCAACUACUCUUUCAGCCACACAAACAGCAAAAUCUUCUCUUUUCAUUCUUUGCUGAUUUUAGAAAAGCUUUUGAUCGUAUACCCUGGCAGAACUAUUUGAUGAACUGAGAAAAGAAGGUUUUCAACGGUGUCUCUUAGAAGCAUGCACAUGUAUGAGUGCAUGGAUACAGGGCCCAAAUAUGUUUUGUACUUUAAGCUAAAUUGACUAUUGCAAAUGAGGGUAAAACACCAUAAGAAAAUUAGAAAUUAGGCUGUCAUUUCAAAUAACUACUAAAAAUACAGGGCACCCAUUUAUAACAGCUUCAGCUGAUGGGUUUACCCUGGUUAAAUAUGUUAUUAUUAUUAUUAUUAAAUAAAAAAACAGGAGAAAAGAGACAGAAAAGUCAACAGAAUACCAAAAAUCAUGUGGCCCUACAUUGUAUCAAUCCCUUUCUGUUUUUUGUUGGUUGUAUGACAGUAUUAACUACUAUUUUGGCUUGUUUGAAGAUAAACCCUGCAUCCUCACAGUUUGUUACUAAGAGUUGUUUUAAAAUAAUUAUUUUUGUCACAGUCCAGGCUUUUUGUACCUAGCAAAUCUGUACUAUGUACACUGCAUUUUGUACCCUGUUUGCAGUCUGUGGUCUGCAUUUUGAACUGACCAUAAAAAUUAUUUAAGAACUUUACAGGAUUAAAGUAUAGCUGAAUACAGUUUGAUACAUGUAGGUUGUGGAUCUUUUCCUUUUAUUAGGUUGUUAAGUAAGACUCUUUUCAGGUAUAAAUAUCAAAUUUGGCUAAGGUGGCAUUAUUUUCAAAUAAAUUUUUGACGUGACAUUCAUUAGAGUAAAAAUGAGGUUUGGGUUGUUGCCAUGGUAACAUGGAUGAUUGAAAACAAGCCUAAAAUUUUGAGUUUGUAACCCUCAUUUCUUAACCAAAUUGUAACAAACAGUUUUUGAAAUUUUAAAGAAAAUAGCUUUCUUGAGAAACUUGACUGUGUCACCACACUUCUUUCUUUAUUCAAAAUUUAUUUUAAGGCUUUCAUUGAUUCAGGAGUGCAAUAUGAAAAGUUUGUCAAAUUUUAAGGAGUUUAUUACAAGGUUUUGUUUUUUUUACAUUGUCUGUGAAAGUCGACAAAACAAAUGCUCUCACAUUGCUUCCAAAAAGUAGUACUUUGUGUUCUUUCAAUUCGGGUAGACUGCUAAAAUAGCCAGGGGUUAAUUAGGGCUGGAAGACAAGGCAUAACUAAGUUUGUGUGAAAUAAUACUGAUAUUAAAAAUGUAGCAAGAAAUGUUUACUUCUUCUAGCCUCCCCACAGCCUUCUUUUGGGGUUAUAAAUGUGUGACAAACGAACCCCAAAGAACCUCUGCGGGGAGGCUAUACUUCUUCUGGUCAAAGAGUAUUUCAGUAAAUUGUAUUCGCAGUUACUCUUUAAAUGAGUUCAUUGUCUUACUUUGAUAAAUUUUCUUCUUGGUUUACUUCAUGUAGAUAACAGAAGAGGCUGAACUGACACAAAGUGAGGACACAAAACUAAGAUAUUUAAAAUGUAAGUGCAGACUUGAGUGCUUAGAUUACAACCAAAAGAAAUAAAACCCUCCCCCAUCUUUCUCUCGGCAUACUUGACAUUUACCUUAAAACUUAUCUUAAUAAUUGAAAUCUCUUGUCAGAGAAAGUUCCCAAAAUCUUGGCAAAAUGGCUCCUACCUUGGUGGUUACAUACAUGCCAACUCUCCCGUAUUAUCCGGGAGUCUCCCGGAUACGACACCAAUCUCCCUGUCUCCCGUACGGGUCACCAUAUCUCCCGGAUAAAAUCAUCUUUUUUGCUUUUCUGUGCCUUAGUUUGAGAUUUAGCCCAUUUUUAGCUCAAAACUUGAAUUUUUCUUACACGUAGUAUGGUUUCUGGGGCAUUUUUGCACUUAUUUAGUCACUGACAAAUAUUAUUUCUGGCAUCAAAAUGAUGAUCGUGAAUUUUGAUGGUUUGUACUUCAUGUAAUACUUCAUAUAAUGUCCUCAGGCAUUCCCAUAUUUAUCGGGGGGGUUGAAAAAGAGAGGGUCUCCAGAUUCUAGUUCUCCAGAGGUUGGCAUCUCUGUGGUUACUCUUUUGUUUCUUGCUUUUAACAGUUUGGUGUCAGUUAAAACACUGGAUCAAUGUAUAUCAACUCGUUAAGAUAAUUGACUGAAAGACUCAACGUAAGGACAAGUUUUCUGACAGAAACUGGUAGUGAGAGUCUGCAGUGGUCAGAGGUAAGAACCAAAAUAGCACCUAAGUUACAGUGUACACUGUACCAUGGUACAUCUAUUAUAAAACUAAGGAUUUAUUAACAAACAGUGCACCAUCUUCGACUCCAUGAAUUAAAUAUAACAAGGUGUCUAGACUUGGAUUGGCAAAAAGUUUUAGCAUUUUUUUUCUGUUAGGGGUUUUUUACUCUAAAGUGUUCAAAUGAGGAAGGCAGGGUGCCAGAACUAUUCCGUCUCUGUCUGAAGAACUUUUGUUCUUGUUUCUAACCGUAAGACACAUUUUGGUACAGAUCUGUGUUUGUGUGAGGUUAUUUAUUUGAGGUCGUCAAAUACUAUGUAUUUUGAGAAGGGUUAAAAUCUUUCCAAAACAGCCACUGUCACAAAAAGAAAAUCACAGUCAGUUGUAAUCACUUCUUGUAUGACAUUAUAGCACAAUGUGGGAAAUGUAUGGUCAUCUGAAAGCACAGGUAGCCCAAGCUCACUAUGAGAGCCGUGAACAACAUUAUCCUACUUAGCUAAUUAAUUAUUCAUACAGCAAGAAAAUUAUAAGACGUUGUAUGGAGAAAUAUUCUUUGCUCACUAAAUUAGCAAAAUGUACAUUGAAUAUCGCUUUGAAGCUUACUUUUAGCGUCUUCUUGUUUUUCUUUGUAUUCUGACUGCAUUUCAGACCUCCUAGGCACUGUUUAAGGUCUUUUUUGGAGCGACAGUUUUUCACCCAGAUGACAGUAGAGAGAAGAGAAGAGAAGAGAAGGUUGGCAAACCUCUCUUGACCGGCUCCGCUCUCGGAGGCGAUAAAUUCCGUAACAUUUGCGACAUGGAGACGAUUCCGCCAGAAACAGAUGUUCUAAUAAAUAAUGCACAUUUUCCAUCAUUCAUAUCGCCAAAAUUCCCAUUUCGUAGGUCCUAAAUCGCCAACGAAGUGGGCAAUACACGGCUGAGGUGAGGCGAGUCGAGAGCAGACCCGCAACGGACUCCAACCGUCACGUCGACAAUUCAAACCGACGCGGGCUGGCGGGGUCAAAUUGUUCAACCGUCAAAGGACAAUUGGAGCAUUUAGCCUACUGGGCACAGUAACUGAUUUUUCACUUCUCACAUUAUACUCCAGGGUCGCGGAAGUCAAGCAUCGCGUGUGAUAGUGACAUAUAAUAUCAAAACAUGUCGCGUUGUUAAUGUUAAUGUUUUCUGCCAUGAUUGAUAGUAGCGUCAAGAAAUCCAAUCAAUACAAAAAUAGCUACUACAUUUGGAAUUCAUAUUUCAGAAAUAGUUUGCUUGGGCUGUAAGCAGCUGAUGUAUAAUUUAAUCUUAAAAUUGGUGUAGCUAAUGUGGCAGAAAUACCAAGAGAAAAUUCAAAGAAAUAUUUAUUUACAUAUUUCCUUUCCGUAAAAACACUCACAAUAGAUAAGAGCACCUGCCGGAAGAUCCUGUCCCCAAACUUGCUACUUACUGAAAAAGGGAGGAAAAAUAGCUAACAACUGUUUACAGCCGUAGUAAUUCUUAUUGCAAAAUUUUUUUCUAAAUCAUACAUAAAAAACCAUUGUCAAACGCUUUUUAAAAAGAAGAGUAGAGAUCAAAUCAUUAACAACGCGACAUGUUUUGAUAUUACAUGUCACUAUCACACGCGAUGCUUGACUUCCGACCCGGAGUGCAAUGUGAGAAGUGAAAAAUCAGUUACUGUGCCCAGUAGGCUAAAUGCUCCAAUUGUCCUUUGACGGUUGAACAAUUUGACCCCCGCCAGCCAGCGUCGGUUUGAAUUGUCGACGUGACGGUUGGAGUCCGUUCUUGGUCUGCUCUCGACUACGCCUCACCUCAACCCGUGUAUUGCCCACUUCGUUGGCGAUUUAGGACCCUCUGAAAUGGGAAUUUUGGCGAUAUGAAUGAUGGAAAAUGUGCAUUAUUUAUUAGAACAUCUGUUUCUGGCGGAAUCGUCUCCAUGUCGCAAAUGUUACGGAAUUUAUCGCCUCCGAGAGCGGAGCCGGUCAAGAGAGGUUUGCCAACCUUCUCUUCUCUUCUCUUCUCUCUACUGUCAUCUGGGUGAAAAACUGUCGCUCCGAAAAAGACCUUAAACAGUGCCUAGGAGGUCUGAAAUGCAGUCAGAAUACAAAGAAAAACAAGAAGACGCUAAAAGUAAGCUUCAAAGCGAUAUUCAAUGUACAUUUUGCUAAUUUAGUGAGCAAUGAAUAUUUCUCCAUACAACGUCUUAUAAUUUUCUUGCUGUAUGAAUAAUUAAUUAGCUAAGUAGGAUAAUGUUGUUCACGGCAUAGUGAGCUUGGGCUACCUGUGCUGAAAGAUGAUAGGAGAAUAGGAGGAUAAAAACAGGAAAUGUGGCAGUUCAAUGUUCUCAAUGUGGCUUGGUCACUGGAGCCAGCAAUAGCAUAACCCUUAAUUCAGUGAGCUACAUGUAGGUGUUGCAUGUCAAACUCAUGAACAUGGUUAAAUAAAAUACAGAAGACAGAAAUGAAUGAAAAACUUACAGUAAAACUAGGAAAUAAUGAAAUACAGAAAUACUAACAAAAGAAACUUACAAACAUGUGUAGAAAUGUCCAGCUGGCUCAAUGAAAACCGAUAGAAGGAAAAACAAAUGCAAACCUAAAUUCGAACAAACCUGGCAAUUUUGCCUGGUCCUGUGCCUAACCAAAAUACCGCUGGUUAAGUGAAACCAAAGAACCAAACUUUAACAAACAAAAAAUGAGAAAAUAAAAUAGAGGAAAAAACAGAAAAACAGAAACUACAUGCAGUCACUUUUAUACCUAAAAUGAGUAUCACGAGAAUUUAUCCUUAAAGUAUGCAUCGAGGACAUUAUGGAAGGGCGCCUAUAGAUUUUCAUCGCCUGCAAUAUCACGGGUCGCGACAAGCCUUAGUUUGUGUGCUCACAAGGAUACCAGCGCAUGAUGGCACGUUUCUAUCGGCGAGAUUCUGUAAUGAUUAUUGACUGCUUGCAAACCAAAGAGUCUCCAGGGUCUUUUCUUAGUGCAAUAAUGGCAGAGGCAGGACUUGCUUAAGAUCAAAGCAGGGCCAGAAACUCUAGUGAGCAUGUCAUGAUCGGGUUGGAUUAUUCGGCCAUUAUCAUUGGGUAGAGCAAUGCAAAACUAAUAUAAUAUUAUUUAUAACACAGCUUACAUAAAUGCUCUAUUGAGGAAGAAAUCUUCUUAGAAAACAAACUAUUCACAGGGAAAAUUGAAAUUAAGACAAUCCUUAAUUACAAACUGUAAAAUAAUAUAUAAUCAUUCACAUUUUUAAAGGUACAAAAUAAAAACGAAGGAGAAAACUGGAGCUGUGUGCACUGAGCUGUGCAGACGUGUUUUGUGUGCUCCAAUCUUAAUUCACGAAUUCUUCUCUUAUCCUGAACCUUCAUAUUCUGAAAACCAUUCAGUAUGACAGGUAAUGACAAGGUACAAAAGGAAAAUCAAACUUUGCGAAAUGAAAUUAAAGAAUUAAAGAACAAACUACAGAAAGUUAUUGAUGACCUGUCAAAGAGUCAACUUGGCUGACAGGCAGAACGUAUUAAUUAGAUCACUUAUUAUUUAAUAACUUCUGUGUUUUAUAAUUUUAUUUUUGGCUACAAUCUGCAAGGCUUUCUAAUAGUUUAAGGUUUUUGCUUUAGAUUAGAUAAUUGUGUUAUUCAUGUACUUGUCUUGCCCAGCCACAACUAGCUUUCCAGCCAUUUGCGGGGCAAACUAUCCAACUCUUUUAUUUUUGUACAAAGAAUAAAGUUGUUGUUGUUGGUGUACUAGUUGCACUCACAUUCAUGUAGAAUCACAAAACCAAAACCUUUAUAAGGACAUACAUGUACAGUCUGUCCGUAUACAUAAUUAACCAAGCAAAAUGCAAUGUUCAUUAUAAUAAUGUACAUUUUAUCCCUUACAGAUAAUAUAGUACAUGGUAUAUAAAGUGAUCAGAAGAAUCAACUAA